AUGGAUCAGUAUAUAUUGGAGAAUAUAUUGUCAAGGCUUCCACCCAAGGACCUCUACACAUGCCAGCGCGUCUGCAAAUAUUGGUAUUCAAUAAUCUCCAACAUAAUCUCAAGUCCAUUCUCAAUCCUCAUAACCUCUCCAACUGCAGUUUUAAAUUACAAUGCAUGUUUGAGCAACGAAGACGUCGAAAAAGCAUGGAAGAAGGUUCCUAAACCUGGUGGAAUGCACACUAAAUAUAUUCGGCUAAUUGGUUCGUACAAUGGCCUAAUAUGCCUUCGAUAUGAAGAUUACAACAUGGCAUUGUGGAAUCCAUGCACGGGAUUGUUUAAAACGGUAAAGAAUAAUUUCCAAAUUGAUUAUCCAUUUUGCGGGUUUGGCCCCAAUUCGUCCACUGCUGCAGGUGGUUAUGUAAUUGUAUUAGGAUGUAAAUAUUUUGUCAGAAUUGGUGUUAUGAAUGACAAACUUGGGCAAUAUGUCUGGAAAAGUAUUCAGCAUAAUAAAGAUUAUGUGUAUCGUGAAAGUAUUGGGGUUCUUGUGAAUGGAAAUCUUCAUUGGCCAGCAUGUUGGGGUAUCAGGAAAAAGGUGAUUUUGUACAAUUUGGAUGAAGGAAAGCUGGAGGAGUUCAAGGGACCUGAUAAGCAGGAAACAACAAACUUCAGAAUUGGAAAUUUUAAGGGAAACCUUUGUGCAACUUUUAAGGAUGGUAGAAUGUUUGAGAUUUGGGUAAUGAAAGAUUAUCGUGUCGAGGAAUCUUGGAUGUGGUUGUAUAAUAUUGAAGGAUUUGUGCUUCAUGAUGCUUUGGUGCCACUAGGGUUCUUGAAAAAUGGUGAUAUCAUUAUUGAGGUAGACAGGCGUUUUAUAGCACGGUAUAGUUUUGCUUAUAAAACUGCAAAAGUUCUGAGGUUUCUUAGGGGUACUAAAUCUUCUGCAGUUUCAUUUGUGGAGACCCUGGCUAAACCAAAUAUUUGA